AUGGCCAAGACAUUAGCACAAGGUCGGAAACCAGGCAGUGGUCGGAAGCCCGGUAGAGGUAAAACCCUUCGUGAGGGGAGGAAACCAGGAAGUGGACGUAAAAAACGUGACACAAUUAGUCCUUCGGAGGGAAAUACUUAUAAUAACAGUAGUAACAACAAUAUUAAUAAUAACAAUAGUAAUGGCUCGCAACACAUUCAAGCAAAUGGUGCCGCUAGAACGGCUCCUAUCAAUAUACCUAUCCCGAUGUCUGGAUCUAUACCAAUGGGUAUACCAAUGAACAUGUCAUCUGGUAUGACUAAUAGUACAUCUGGUAACAAUAACAAUGGAGUUAUUAUCAAUGGAGCUGAAAAUAUUUCGUUCACGUCUAGAGAUAUGGAAGCAGUCGAUGCAUUACGUGAAUUGACAUACAGCCCGCAGUUUUCUCCUCCAAUGAAUUCUCUCCCUACAACAUUACCACCGAUUGUUCCCAGUAGGUCAUUCCCUGCAAUUAAUAGGAUACUUACAGUUUCACCUAGGCCUACAAUAAAUCAAACAGGGACAUUACAAUCACCUAAUCAACAGGGAGUACCUCCGCCAUUAUCACAACAAUCCAAAUCAGUAACAGGAAUGAUAUCGCCUCCAGUUCUGCCGCAACAGCCAUUAUCUAUGACAACCUUUAACGGCCUGCUGUCGUCGCCGUUACCUCCAUCCAGUAUACCAGUAAGAUCAGGUCCGAUACGACCUGGUCCAAUUUCCAAUGGAAAUCUAAGUAAAAAUAACUCUAACUACAAGAAUUUUGUUGACUCCAUGCCCCCAAGUCUAAAUUUUAUAACGAAUUCUCAAGGAACAAAUAGCAUUAUGAAUUUAACUUCAAAUGGAACCGGAAUAAAUCAAACAAAUGCAGAUAUGAAUCUUGCAGGAAAUUUAGGACCAAUGGGAAACAUGAACAUGAAUAUGAAUAUGAAUAUGACUAUGAACAAUAACAACAAUGGUAGUAAUAACAAUAGUAUCAUGUACCCUUCUUCUCACCAACUCAAUCCGAUAGAGCAGUCACUACAGAGACCACCUGGAAAUAUGUCUCCCAAACAGCAUUCCCAACAAUCUCACUUUCAAUGA